UCCCUUCAUUUUCUUCACUGACAGAGAAUACCUGCACACUUCUCACGCACGCACGCAUACUCUUAAACAGAACCCCACAGCCCACUCCUCAGACACAUACAUCACCCUCCCCCUCUCUCCUAUGGACCUUAUCAUAUCCAUAGCUCCUAUAGACAGUAAGAGAGAGAGACAGAAGAGGACAGAGCAGAGAAAACACAGAGAGAUUUUCCAAGGCCAGCUAGAUCAUACUUUCUCUCACACUAUUAUUUCGCCUUUUUCACCCUGCCCCCUCCUUUCAUCACAUCCCCCACGAGACCACCCCUUAUAAACCCACACACGCUUCCACUCGCUCUCUCAGGUCUUAUAACUAGCCAUGGUCUCAUAAAUUAGACAACUGAGUAACAAAUCCUGUUCAUCCCUUGCAGUAACCAACACAGCCUUGCAUUGUUUAGACGUUUUACGAUGUGGGUUUUGAUAGAUCCUUGAAGAAGCUUGGAACCUCAGCAAUUUCUUUCUUUCUUGGGUUUUCUAUUGAGCUUUGGAUCGACUUCUGUUUUGUCAAUUUGUUGACUUCUGUUUUUGUUUUUCAAUGGAGAGCUACCACCACUUCGACAAUGGUGAUGCCCAUUUGCCUCCUGGAUUUAGGUUUCACCCAACUGAUGAAGAGCUUAUCACCUACUAUCUCCUAAAGAAGGUUCUGGACAGCAACUUCACCGGUAGGGCCAUCGCUGAAGUUGACCUCAAUAAGUGUGAGCCAUGGGAACUUCCAGGGAAAGCUAAAAUGGGAGAGAAAGAGUGGUACUUCUUUAACUUGAGAGAUAGAAAGUACCCAACUGGGCUGAGAACUAAUAGAGCCACUGAAGCUGGUUAUUGGAAGGCUACGGGGAAAGAUAGGGAGAUUUAUAGCUCAAAGACCGGUGCACUUGUGGGAAUGAAGAAGACACUGGUGUUCUACAGAGGGAGGGCUCCUAAAGGAGAGAAAAGUAACUGGGUUAUGCAUGAGUAUCGCCUUGAAGGCAAAUUUGCUUACCACUACCUCUCUAGGUGCUCUAAGGACGAGUGGGUAAUCUCUCGAGUCUUUCAGAAGAGCUGUAGUGGAGCUGCGAGUGGCGGAAGCGGAAGCGCCCCCAAGAAAAACCGCUUCAACACCACUAUCAAUCUCUACUCAGAAGCUAGCUCCCCAUCUUCAGUCUCCCUCCCUCCCCUCCUUGAUGCUACAACUACUCUUACCACUGCUGCAUCUACCACUACUCUCAAUGACCGUGACAGCUGCUCUUACGACAGCCACACUCAACACGAGCACGUGUCCUGUUUCUCCACCAUCGCAGCUGCUGCUUCCGCCGCUGCCAAGCAUAACAGUAAUAACUUUGAUCUUGCUCCACUGCCUCCACCUCCAAUGAUCGAUUCAUUCUCAAGAUUCCCAAGAAACACCGGUGCCAAUGGUUUCCCAAGUUUGAGGUCUCUUCAGGAAAAUCUUCAGCUGCCUUUCUUUUUUUCCUCCCAACCCUCUGCCGCGGCAGUACCACCUUUUCAUGGCGGUGGUGCUGCAAUGAAUUGGAUGGUGAACCCUGAAGAUGGAAGGGUUGAUGGUACCGGUGCUGGUAUUGGAGCUGGCGGAAGGGUGGCAAUGGGUCCUACCGAGCUUGACUGCAUGUGGACUUAUUGAGUUGAAAAGGCAUAUGUGCACCCCUUCUAUGAUAGCUACUAAAUUAUCUUCAAUCUUUGUUCUUCAAUGAUUCUCUGGUACUAUUCAGAUUUCUGUAUUAUUCGGGUUUCUGGUUGUGCCAACUGGACUGAUAUUAGGGCAGGAUAUUUGUAUAUCUUGUUGUUACGUAUCAGGUAUUCAGUAUCACUAGGAUUUUCUGGUUAAUGUAUGAUGACUAUCUAUGCUUUUAAUUUGGAAUAUAAUGGAAUUAAAAUGACUAUGUAAUGGCC